GCCCGCGCCCCGGCCUCCCCGGCCUCCCCGGCCUCCCCGGGAACUCGCCGCCGCCGCGCUCCCCUGGCGCCCGGGGGCCCGCCCGGGGCCAUGGUGCCCUUCCCCGAGGAGCCCGCCGCCGCGCGGGGCACGAGCGAGGCGCAGCCGCCGGGCCCCGCCACCCCGGGGGGCGCCGCUCCGCUGCCCUGCCCGGGGCCCGCGGACCGCCCCGAGGCGGCGGGGGAGAGGGUGGAGGUGGAGCUGGCGGGGCCGGCGGGCGCGGAGCCCCCGCAGCCUCCCGAGGGCGGCUGGGGCUGGCUGGUGAUGCUGGCCGCCAUGUGGUGCAACGGGUCGGUGUUCGGCAUCCAGAACGCCUGCGGGGUGCUCUUCGUGGCCAUGCUCAAGACCUUCGUGACCAAGGACGACGACAAGAUGGUCUUCAAGACAGCAUGGGUAAGUUCUCUGUCCAUGGGGAUGAUUUUCUUUUGCUGCCCAAUAGCCAGUGUCUUCACAGACAUGUUUGGAUGUCGGAAGACAGCUGUUGUGGGUGCUGCUGUUGGAUUCAUUGGACUCAUGUCCAGUUCUUUUGUAAGCUCCAUCGAGCCUCUGUACCUGACCUAUGGCAUCAUAUUUGCCUGUGGCUGCUCCUUUGCAUACCAGCCUUCGCUGGUCAUUUUGGGACAUUAUUUUAAGAAGCGCCUUGGACUGGUGAAUGGCAUUGUCACUGCCGGCAGCAGCAUCUUCACAAUUUUGCUGCCUUUCCUUUUAAGGUUCCUGACUGACAAUGUGAGCUUCUUCUACACACUGAGGGUCCUCUGCAUCUUCAUGUUUGUUCUGUUUCUGGCUAGCUUUACUUACCGACCUCUUGCUCCAAAUGCCAAAGAUAAAGAGAGUGGAACAAAAGGAAGCAACAGAUUCUCCCUCUUUUCCAGGAGGAAGUUUAGUCCUCCAAAAAAGUUUUUCAAUUUUGCCAUCUUCAAGGUGACAGCUUAUGCAGUUUGGGCAGUUGGAAUACCACUUGCACUUUUUGGAUAUUUUGUGCCUUAUGUUCACUUGAUGAAACACGUGAAUGAAAGAUUUCAAGAUGGAAAAAAUAAAGAAGUGAUUCUCAUGUGCAUUGGCAUCACUUCAGGAGUCGGACGGCUGCUCUUUGGCCGGAUUGCAGAUUAUGUGCCUGGUGUGAAGAAGGUCUACCUUCAGGUACUCUCCUUUCUCUUCAUUGGUCUGAUGUCCAUGAUGAUUCCCCUGUGUAGGGUCUUUGGGGCCCUCAUUGCUGUCUGUCUCAUCAUGGGUCUCUUCGAUGGAUGCUUCAUUUCCAUUAUGGCCCCCAUUGCCUUUGAAUUAGUUGGUGCCCAGGAUGUUUCUCAAGCAAUUGGAUUUCUACUUGGAUUCAUGUCUAUACCCAUGACAGUCGGACCACCUAUUGCAGGGUUACUUCGUGACAAGCUGGGCUCCUAUGAUGUGGCAUUUUACCUCGCUGGAGUCCCUCCCCUGAUUGGGGGCGCUGUCCUUUGUCUUAUCCCCUGGAUCCACGGGAAGAAGCAGAGAGAGCUUGAUAAAACCACUGGAGGAGAAAAGAUGGAGAAAAUGUUGGAGAACCAGAACUCUCUGCUGUCAAGCUCAUCUGGAAUCUUUAAGAAGGAAUCUGACUCUGUUAUUUAAUGUCUUAUAUACCUCCACCGGACUGGACUUGCUUUCGGAAAUUUAAGCAAGUUUUCCUUUUAUAUGAAUUGCAAAUUUCUUAUUUUUUUAAUUACAUCCUAAGAAUAGCACAAUAAUUGGGAACUAGGACCCUUAUUACUACAAGAACCAUUUUCUGCCACUGAAUAGCUGGCUGGCUGAUAUUUCCGUGAGUGUGGGGGCAGAGACGCUGGUGUAUGAAAACUUACGUCAGAAAGUCAAAUGUUGUGAGAAUUGAAGCGAUCUCAGUAAAAAGCAACUUUGGAAACUGUGAAUGCUAAUAAGCUUGUACAAAUAUUUUAAAAUACCUCAAGCUAUAAUGAAAGGGUUGCAAUUUGGUUAGGACUGGAAAUACUGUUUGUUGUCUCCUAUGAGGUUUUAAAUCCUGGUGUCUCUAAUUUCUUCUGUUUGAAAACUUUUUACAAAAUCUAAGCCUGCAUUCUAGACCAUGUCAGAUCUGCCUAAGCCUCAAGUCUCUGUUAAAGUUGCUUGCCUGCUGUUAAAUAAGACAUGAGAUUAAGUUAUUCUGACUUGCUCCAGUGUCAGGGGAACUGCUUGGAGCAGAUGGUAACGCUGUGUUCAGAUUCAGUGACGUGGAAAGGCCACUGUGCAGGAGGGCAGAGCAACUCAGAAGUCAGACGUUUCUUCCACUUAACGUUUGUUCUCUUUCGUUUUGUAGUGUGUUUUACUCAAGUAGCCAGAAACCUCCCAGAUUUCUGAACUUUUGUUUAAAGUGUAACAAUAAAUAGAAUGAAUGAAAGAUUCUGGCAAUUUUAACGUAGAAUUUUUCUGACUUUGGGAUUUGUUAGCAGUAGGACUUGACAUUUCAACAGAGGCUUAGGGAGCAUGGUAUCAAGUUGCGGUUUCAGGUACAAGGGGGGGGUAUCUUUCUAUUCGUGCAGAAAAUAUUUCUGACAGAAACAACUGCUCAAAUUGGUUUAAUAGGUCUUGAAAGGUUAAAAGCCCUUAUAAAGAGAAACAACUUCUGUAUUUCCAAAGCUUUCUGGCAAAAAUUUGUGCUCCUUGGUAUUUAUCCAAGCAUGCUCUCCGUGAAUAUUCCCAGUAUUUUUUCCAUUUAUAUGAAGACACUUGUAUGUAAGCUAUUCAAGUUUCAAAGACCUAAAAUUAAAACCGAAGUUAUACCAUGACCUAAACUCAUCUAUAAAAAAUAGGAACACUUUCCUCAUCCUGAAAUUAUACUUUAGUACAUGUUUCUUAUUUGUCUUUGAAAGUUAGUAAUAUGCGAAGUAUAUUUAAAUCUUAAGUAUAAAUGUGUACUGGAGCUUCCUCAAAUGUAGCUUGUUCACCUGGGAAGAAUGCGGUCUCUUUCUAAAACACCUCCAGGAUCCAUCUGUUUCGAACUUCUCUGGAAGGACAAACUUACCUCUUAUCUCCCUUCUUUUCCUUUCAGCUUCUGUCCUUUCUUCAUCUUUAGCUGAGGAUAUAGAAACCGGAAGAGCAUAUGGAUUUGCAGUUGUUGAUGGGGACACAUGGAGGGAACUGAGGCGGUUAAUUUAAUUAAACAGAAAACCCAAAACUUCAAAGUAGGAAUGCUUAAAUAUGGAAUUUAUUUUUAAUUGGAUUUAAAACGACUUUUGAUUGUGAAGACAUUCAGCAGUUUACUAUGACAUACACAUGGUUGCACCUUUCAGUACUUCUAUAUUUUCAUAUUUAGGAAACUUGGGCAAUUUGUUUUCUUGGAAGGUUCUAUUGCUUAAAAAAACAGCUAUAUUUUGACAAUACUGCCCUUUCAUAUUCAUAUUUUUACUUUGAACUUUUAGAAAGUGACUUAGAGGAGCACCUGGGUGGCUCAGUCAGUUAAGUGACCAACUGUCGAUUUCAGCUCAGGUCCUGAUCUCAGGGUCACGAGUUCAAGCCCCACAUCAGGCUCCACGCUGGGCAUGGAGCCUGCUUGAGUUUCUCUCCCUCUCCCUCUGUCCGACCUUCUCCAUCCCAACCCCAUAGGCACAUGCUUUCUAAAAAAAAAAAAAAAAAAAAAAAAAAAAAAAAAAGAAAAGAAAGCAAAAACCCCCACAACUUAGAAAUGAUAUUGUGUUCUUCAUUUAUUCAUACCCAGUUAUAUAAAACAUUAUUUCCUAUUAUCAGUGCUGUUGAGAGCAGCAAAAACUUACAACUAAGACCAAUCAACCCUGCCAUUAUAAGUUGUUUUUUUUUUUUUUUUUUUUAGAGUUUCAUCACAGACUCCUAAGACUUGUCCUCACCCCUGCCAAUUUUACAGAAAGAAUUCUAAACAAGAAUAUUUAUUCUGUAAAGACCUCCAAAAUGUUUUCCCUUUCAAAUUUUGGCUGAUUUUAGACAGGAAAAAAAAAGUAAUAAUCUGAAACUCAAAGACUUGAUCUUACUUGAUUAGGUUCCAUAAUAAAAGAGCAAAAUGGGGCACCUGGUGGCUCAAUUGGUUAAGCCCAGACUCUUAAUCUCAACUCAGGUGUUGAUCUCAGGGUCCUGAGAUUGAGCCCCAUGUUGGGCUCUAUGCUGGGCGUGGACCCUACUUUUUUUUUUUUAAAGGCAAAGUAGCUGAAGUAUUUAUAGUAAAAGAUUUCAGAAUAUUGUGUUUGUGUACAAUAUUACAUGCAAGCAGUUUCCAGUCUGAUGCAACGAAUUAAGCAGGUUCUAUGACACUGAAAAAGCUCCACUAUCAUAGCCUGUUAUGGAGCGUGAGUUCUGAGCUGUCAAAAUAAAAAUUUAAAAAGCAUAAAAAAGAUGCUAAUUUCUAUAAAAUGUAUAUUUCAUAACAUGUUUGGUACAGAAAGUCCUAAAGGUCAAGUUUUUAAAGUUCUACAAACUUAGAAAAUGAAAAAUACAAAUAUUCAUAAGGAGUCGUGUUUUAGACCAAGAAACAUUACCUUAAUCUUUCAAAGUAAAUCCUUUUUCUGAAUCCUGAUUUCUGAACAGAGUGUUAUUGCAAUAAAGUGACCUGGUGGGCCUAAAUUUUUUUGUUCAAUCUAGACAUUUUAUUGAGAGGGAAAGAGCAGAGUCAGAACCCUGCUUUCUAUCUCAUCAUCCUAAUUCUGGUAACACUCAGCAAAUUCUCUAAUUCAAAAGCUUCUAGCAUUUGAGGCCAACAAGGUAAGAAAGGGAGCAAUUAUUACUCUUUACGGAGACUGAAUUAGAUACCAUUGUAACAGAUACCCAUGGAUAUUCCAGAAACAUUUUAAAUUUUAUUGCAGUAGAUACUGUUGGGAAUCCAUCCAUUUCAGUAAUAAUAAACCACCCAGAUUGAUACUUUAUUCAAAAUUUAUAAGUUUUUUUGAUCACAGGUGCAAACCUUAGUCUCCAGUCCUACUAAGAGAUUGUAAUGUCCACUUAAGAUUGCAUAGUGCUUGCAUGAAGCUUCAAAGGCUCUUCAUAAUCAGAAACAGGACUUCAUCUGUACGUCCCGAGCCCCAGAAUCUGUUUCCACCUGUGUGCAGAAGCUCCCGUGGGCUCUGCCCAAGUAUGGAGAAAACCUUAGCUCUGUCAGCUUCAGCUUUCUCCACGUUUACGCUUAGCUGUAAACUCAGGUUUGUUUUUAACUUCUGGUAAUUCUAAUCCUUUUAGCUGCACUGAAGAAUAUUUUAAUUUGUACUUUUGUUAUUUAUAAACCGCAGAGGACUUGCAUUGGCAGUGAUCAGGGGCGUGGGUGCACCGAGGGGUCCUCCUUCCCACCCUUUCUUGCUUGUCUGCUUGCUCUUCCUGUUCUCUUUCUCCUUAUCAUUCUUUUUCUCUUUACUUCCUCCUAUCCUUCAAAAACCUGAGGAGUCCAUUAACCUUGCCUAGUUCCGCUGGCUGCCUGGCUGCCCUAAUAACUGGUCCCUGUGGCUUCAGAGGAUGGAAUCCCAUCCAGUUCACGUAACCUGGUGAAUGGCUUGCUUUCAGCCUUCAACGUAGAGUUCUGUUGGUCCACGUUGAAAAAAUUAGUUACGUGAUAAAAAUCUGGGGAGGAAGUAAUAUGCUUCAUACAAUUGGCAUCUUUUGUGCUAACAUGUAAGAGUUUAUUUAAACAUUUAAGGUCGCACUUUCAGAGAAGAGAAGCUGUCAAGUUCUUAAUAUGUGUAUUUUAAGAGGGCAUAUUUUUUUACUUUGAUUUUCAUAUUCCAUUCAAGUUUUGCUAAAUGUUGAUCCUGAGAGCACAUUGUGGAGGAUGCUUUGGAAAAUAGUGGGCCCCUCAGCUGCGGUUCCUAAUGAAUCUGCCUUAGGCCCUGUUAAACGCUUUAUAGUAAAUGGUGUUAAGAGUGAAUUCCCAGAGUCUAGAGAUACAAGUGGAAAGGACACGUUCAUUAGCUCCAGUUUCAAAUUAUGUAAACAAUUUAAGUUUUAAACUCCUUAGGAAACUUCUAACACUGAAAACUUCAUUGUCGCUGGCAUAAACACGGAGGAGCAAUUUUUGCAUUAGAAUGAAAAUUGUUGCUUUUUUUCAAAUGUGUGAAAAGGAGAAGGAAGUGAAAUGUUCUUGUUUUACAUUUACAUUCUUUAAUUUGAAAGACAAGUGUUGUCUUGGCUGGUAGAAAAAUGUAUCAUCAUCAUAGUUUAACUCUUAAAAACAAAGUUUUUGCCUUGUUACUAAAAGAGAAGAACAGGUUUGCCAUUUGUAAUGGUGAUGUGGAAAUGUGGAGUAAGAACACAGGAGAGAGGGAAGGCUUGACAAUCAUUAAUUCUGCUCAUAUUACACUCACUGAUUUUUGGUGAUACUUAGGUAUAAAGGAGACAAAAAGACCAUUUCGAGCUGAGUUUGAGAAUGGUUUGUGGGGCAAAGAAUAACCAGGUGGGGAGCAACAGGAGACCGCUCAUGGGCUCAUUAUAAUUUCAGUCAUAGCCCUUUGUAUCGGUUUAUUUGUGGGCAGACACUAAUGCUUUGUUUUAUAAACACCCUAUGGAGUGAUAGGUUACAACCCCAAAAAUAAAGGGCCAAAUGGCCAUAGCAAAUGGGAAACCCGCAUACAACUUAACCACAAUUACUGAACUUACAUAAAUGUGGACUUAAUCAGAUGACUCCUUCUGAGACAGUAAAGACCCACAAAACGAUUCAUUGCCACGUCUUUGAAUCACUCAAAGAAACCUUGAAACUUAAGAUCUAGUUUUCUUAGCUUGUCCUUUUUAAAAUGGUCAUAUUUUAAAUAAUAAACAUUAAUCAUCUUGACCUCUAUACAUUCAAGGAAAUUUCCCAUGGUACUGUUUUCUUGACAUACAUAGGAGGCUACCUCAUUUAUGAAACAGAAGAUUUCAAUUUCUUUUCAGUGUGUUAGAAAGACAUUGGGAAUGAAGUAAAACCUCUCUAAAUAACUUGAUCCCGACAGUCCACCUACCUCAGCUUUCAGUGUCCCACUAAAAGCCCAGCUUAAUCAAUUCUUGCUUAAUCAGAAGGGAGCUAGUGGUGACUGAGAUUAAAAGGCAAGGGAGUGCAAGUGGUAAAGGGGCCACAGUAUCAGUAAAAUUUCUUAAGGGCUUUGUUCUAAUAAGUGGACAUAAGAGGAACAAAAAAGGAAUAUCUUCUAAUGUGGCCUGUGGAUAAUCUGAAAUAGGAAAACUCAAGAAAUUUAUAAUAUAUAGUAAUGAAAACUUAGGAAAAUGCUUCACUGGUGGCUUUUUAUACUAUACUGGCAGCUUGAUGACGAAGUUUUGUUUUCAUUUGUGUUUUCUUUGGCAGGAAAACGGAUAAUCACUGACAACAGACUAUGCGCUUGUGCCUUAACCUUACCGCUUACAUGUUAAACUCCUGCAGGAGGCACCCCUUUCCUAGUGGAACAGGGCCCGUGGCAAUGAUCUUUCCUCUCACUGGAGUUUUAAAAAAUGCUGUCGUUGAGUGUGGCAAUGGUGUAGGAGUUAACCCACAAGUUCCCAAUCUAUCAAAGAUGUUUCUAGCCUUUCAGUGUGAGUGCUGUAGAGUAUUUUGGAGUUGAAUGUCACUAACCAUGUGUGUGUGGUGGGAACUAUCAGUAUAAAAUAACUAUUGGAAAUCUGAUUAAAUCUGUGAUACUAUUCUGGAGCCUCUGACGUAUGACUUUUAUUCUUUAACAAAUAAUACUUUUUAGUAUCUGUCCAUUAUUAGAAGAGCCAAUUUGUUAAAUAUUUUAAAUAUUUUUCUCUUAUGAUCUUCCCUAACUGUAGUCUCAUAAUUUAGUCUCUACUGGAAUAGUAUUUCAGGGACUGAGGGUUUCUUGAGUGCUAUUUUUUGACCCCAUUGCAAUGAGCAGACUUUAUAGUUGGUGCCUUUUUUUCGUACCAAAGAAAAAUUAGAUCAAAAUUGGUGCUAAAUUUCACGUUCCUUUUAAAAUGAUUUUUUUCUUUUUAAAUUUAUAUAUAUCACAACAGGAAAUGUAUAGAUCCAGCAGUAUUAUGCAUGUUGUAUUCUGUAUAUACAUUUAAGGACAAAAACCUCACCUAUAAAAAGCAAUGGAAUUCCCAAAUCUGCUUAGAGGUAUAUAGUUUUUGUUAACACGUAAGACUUUAAAGUAUAAACCUGAUAAGAAAAUGAUCACUAAAUGAAAACUUAGUAAUGAAUAUACCCCCUAAGGUAGUAACUUUAAGGAAAAAGUCCCAUACAAUGUUAUAUCUCAAAAAAUAAAAAUAAAAAGUCCCUUGUCAAUGUUUCUAGCACAAAGUUAGCUAUUUAAAGUAUUCUGUAACUCUGAGGGUGUACAGAAAAAGUUUUAUGUAUAUUUUAUUGUAUAUAUAUUUACAUAUGUACAAAAUAGCUUUCUAAUGAACUUUAGGUAUUUUAAGCUAUUUUUUCAGGCUAAAAGUAGAGGGGAGUCAUCAGUCUUAAAACUUGGAUAAUGAGCUACAUUAAAAAAAAAUAUUCUCACUGGAAGUAUCAUUGUUCACCUUUCAGAUUUAGCAUAAAACCUUAAGUCAGUAAGGGCUACAUCUAGGUUAACGUCCGCGAUCUCAGACCUACGAUUUUUUAAAGGGUUCUCAGCAUCAUGGUUGUAGCCGACUGACACCCAACUAAAAUUCCACAUGGACCUCUGAGUCUUCGUGUCUUAUAAGUAGGAUUCUGGUGAAGUGAGGACAACAGGUUUUUAUUUAAUCCUGCUGAUUUUUAUAGACUGUCUUACUCUAUGAGGAUUUUACAAAUAUAAAUCAGGAAAAUGAUACACUGUAGGAAAUGAGGAAAACCAUACAUUUAGAAUCUACUAGAGUAUACUGGAUUCUCUGAAAUAAUAACUCCUUCUGCUCACAUGAGUUCUAUGUGGAAAGGAGAAUGGGGGCUUGUUAAUCAGAAGUUACUGCACAGUGAGAUUAAAUAUCCCUUUACUAACUUUUUUUUUUUUUUUCCCUUUACUAACUUUUGAUGUGACUUAAUUUAGGUGGUUUGAGAGCUGGAAGAUUGCAAAGGCACUGUUCAGUGCUUGGUAACUUUUUAUUUUCUCAAUUUGUUCUCCUAUCAGUUUAUUUUAGCCUGAAAAUUAUAGCUACAGCACAGAACCCUGCAGUAUUAAGAGAGAGCUUGGAUUUUUUAAGUAUAUCCUCAUAUAAUAUGACAUUUUUCACGUCAACUUAUUUUCAUGUUUAUCUGAAAAGUAAAUUCUAAAUUAUUUGCAUAUUUUCCAAGUUAGAAAAACAUGCUAUAUCGUAGACAUCAAAACCAAGUUAUUCCAAGUGCACGCUGUAGACUGCAGUGAGGCUCUGCUUCUCUGCCUACACAGGAUGCCAUUUUUGGCACAAUAGUUGUUUAAAUAUAGAUCACUGUGUGAAAUGAUUAUGCUGGAUUUGAUCAGUAUGCAGUAUUUUAGUACUUGCCUUUAAAAAAUGAUUUUUUCUUUUUAAAGAGUAUAAUUUAUGAUUGAUUUUUUAUAAUGUGCAAUUUCAUAUAGGUAACCAAAACCUUUUUAAUGGGAAGAGCUUUGUAAUCAUUUAGAGAACAAAAUCAUUUUACUGUAGAACAAUGUGAUAUCCUCAGUAAAUACAAUAAAAAAAUUUUAGCAAAUUUCUGUGAGGCUUUGUGAUUAUGGAAUUCCCUGGGGAGAUGAGGGAAGGAAAAGUUACUGAAGGAAACCAGCUGUGUGGAAUAAAAGAAAAAUAAGCUGUGUGCUUUUUAAGCUGCAUGCAUGUAUUUAUUCCAAGUGUGUUUGGGUGUCAUUACCAUUCUCUCUCCUGGGCAAGUGAUGGGGAUAGAAAUGAUCCCAAAGCACUGGAGAGUCCAAAAAGGAUUUCUGA